AUGUCAGGCUACGCUGGCGGAGGCCACUAUGACGAUGGCUAUGCCAAUCAAGGUCAUGGUGACUCCUACUACCAGGACGAACAUGCCCAAGGAGGGUAUUACGAUAAUCAAGCAUAUGGCGAUGGUUACUACGACCAGGGUCAUGGCUACUAUGGAGAUGGCCAUGGUGCUGAAGGGGGUCAUCCCGCUGAAGGCGCUGCCCACGGUCAAGGCUACGCGGAGGGAGGAUACUACGAGUCAGGCCACCAAGAUUACGGUGACCAAUACUACGACCAGGCCCACGGAGACUACCCACGAGGCCGACGUGGUGAUUCCGAGGAGGACUCCGAGACUUUCAGCGACUUCACGAUGAGAUCAGAGACCGCUCGCGCCGCGGACAUGGAUUACUACGGCCGUGGAGACGAAAGAUACAACAGCUACACCGACAGCCAAUACGGUGGCCGCGGUGGCUACGGCUAUCGUCCCCCUUCCUCUCAGAUUUCUUACGGUGCCAACCGAUCAUCUGGUGCUUCGACCCCUGUCUACGGCAUGGACUACGGAAACGCGCUCCCCGCCGGUCAGCGCUCGCGUGAACCAUACCCAGCUUGGUCCUCUGAUGCCCAAAUCCCUCUCUCGAAGGAGGAGGUGGAGGACAUCUUCUUAGAUUUGGUCAACAAGUUUGGUUUCCAACGCGACAGCAUGCGGAACAUGUACGACCACAUGAUGACCAUGCUGGAUUCUCGUGCUUCACGUAUGACUCCCAACCAGGCUCUUCUCUCCAUUCACGCCGAUUACAUCGGUGGACACAACGCCAACUACCGCCGAUGGUAUUUCGCUGCUCAUCUCGACCUUGACGAUGCGGUUGGUUUCGCCAACAUGAAGCUCGGAAAGGCAGACCGCAAGACCCGUAAGGCCCGCAAGGCUGCGGCGAAGGCGGCCAAGCAGAACCCCGAGAACGAGGAGGAGACACUUGAGGCUUUGGAAGGCGACAACAGCUUGGAAGCCGCGGAAUACCGGUGGAAGUCGCGCAUGAACCGCAUGUCGCAGCACGACCGGGCCCGUCAAAUUGCCCUUUACCUGCUCAUUUGGGGUGAGGCCAACCAAGUUCGCUUCCUCCCGGAGUGUAUCUGUUUCAUUUUCAAGUGUGCCGACGACUACUACAGCUCUCCCGAGUGCCAAGCUCGCGUUGAGCCAGUCGAGGAAUUCACGUACUUGAACGAAAUUGUCACCCCUCUGUACCAGUACUGCCGUGACCAGGGAUACGAGAUCAUGGACGGCAAGUACGUUCGCCGCGAGAAUGAUCACAACAAGAUCAUUGGUUACGAUGACAUGAACCAGCUGUUCUGGUACCCGGAGGGUAUCGAACGCAUCAGUUUCGAGGACAAGACUCGUCUCGUCGAUGUGCCUAUCGGCGAGAGAUGGCCCAAGCUGAAGGACGUGGUCUGGAACAAGGCCUUCUUCAAGACUUACAAGGAAACUCGUUCAUGGUUCCAUAUGAUCACCAACUUCAACCGUAUCUGGGUUAUCCACUUGGGUUCAUUCUGGUUCUUCACUGCUUACAACGCCCCGACCCUCUACACUAUCAACUACCAGCAACAGGUUGACAACAAGCCUGACAGUCCUAAAUACCUCGCUGCGGUCGGUUUCGGUGGUGCUCUUGUCUCGUUCAUCCAAAUUAUGGCCACCAUUUUCGAAUGGGUUUACGUUCCUCGUGGUUGGGCUGGUGCUCAGCACCUGCGCAAGCGUUUCAUGUUCCUUCUUGGUGUUUUCAUCAUUAACCUGGCACCUGGUAUUGUGAUUUUCAGCAUUCUGCCAACUAUCGGGUUGACCAAGAGUGUGGAACACGGUGUUGGUCUCGCCCUCGGUAUCGUCCACUUCGUUCUCGCCGUGUUGACGGCAGUGUUCUUCGCUGUCCAACCACUCGGUGCCAUGUUCGGAAACUACAUGAAGAAGAACGGACGCAAGUACGUCGCCAGUCAGACAUUCACAGCCAGUUUCCCCCGACUUGCGGGCAACGAUAUGUGGAUGUCCUACGGUCUCUGGGUUUGUGUUUUCGGUGCCAAGUUGGCUGAGUCUUACUUCUUCUUGACUCUGUCCUUCAAGGAUCCCAUCCGCAUUCUGUCACCCAUGCAAAUCCACCAGUGCACUGGUGCGAAGUACAUCGGUAACGCUGUUUGCCACAGACAGCCCCAGAUCUUGCUGGGUCUCAUGGCAUUCAUGGAUUUGACACUCUUCUUCUUGGAUAGUUACCUCUGGUACAUUAUUUGCAACACGAUCUUCUCCGUGGCUAGAUCUUUCUACCUCGGUGUGUCGAUUUGGUCUCCGUGGAGAAACAUCUUCUCGCGUCUGCCCAAGCGUAUCUACUCCAAGGUUCUCGCCACCACAGACAUGGAAAUCAAGUACAAGCCCAAGGUUCUCAUCUCCCAGGUGUGGAACGCUAUCAUUAUCUCCAUGUACCGUGAGCACCUCCUUGCGAUCGACCACGUCCAAAAGUUGCUUUACCACCAGGUUCCUUCCGAGCAGGAGGGCAAGCGUACUCUUCGUGCCCCUACCUUCUUCGUCUCCCAGGAAGAUCAGUCUUUCAAGACCGAGUUCUUCCCUCAAGGUAGUGAGGCAGAGCGUCGUAUCUCUUUCUUCGCCCAGUCUCUGUCCACCCCCAUGCCCGAGCCUCUCCCAGUCGACAACAUGCCAACCUUCACUGUUCUGAUUCCUCACUACAGUGAGAAGAUUCUCCUUUCAUUGCGUGAGAUCAUUCGUGAAGACGAGCCUUACUCCCGUGUUACCCUCCUGGAAUACCUCAAGCAGCUGCACCCUCACGAGUGGGACUGCUUCGUCAAGGACACCAAGAUUCUCGCUGAUGAGACAUCCCAAUUCAACGGCGACUAUGAGAAGCCCGAGAAGGAUGUUGCCAAGAGCAAGAUCGACGAUCUUCCCUUCUACUGUAUCGGUUUCAAGUCUGCUGCUCCCGAGUACACUCUUCGCACCCGUAUCUGGGCUUCCCUCCGCUCUCAGACCCUGUACAGAACUGUCUCUGGUUUCAUGAACUACAGCCGUGCCAUCAAGCUCCUCUACCGUGUUGAGAACCCCGAGGUCGUUCAAAUGUUCGGUGGAAACUCCGAAAAGCUUGAGCGCGAGCUUGAGCGCAUGGCCCGCCGCAAGUUCCGCAUCUGUGUUUCCAUGCAGCGUUACGCCAAGUUCAACAAGGAUGAGCGUGAGAACACUGAGUUCUUGCUCCGUGCCUACCCGGAUCUCCAGAUUGCUUACCUUGAUGAGGAGCCCCCCCUGUCAAUGAGGGCGAAGAGCCCCAACAACAUGCGCAAGCCCAAGUUCCGCAUCCAGCUUUCCGGUAACCCCAUUCUCGGAGACGGAAAGUCCGACAACCAGAACCACGCCAUCAUCUUCUACCGCGGUGAAUACAUCCAGCUUAUCGAUGCCAACCAGGACAACUACCUCGAGGAGUGUCUCAAGAUCCGCAGUGUUCUUGCCGAGUUCGAGGAAUUGACCACUGACAACGUCUCCCCCUACACCCCUGGUGUCGCCUCCCCCGAAGAGAACCCCGUUGCCAUUCUUGGUGCCCGUGAAUACAUUUUCUCUGAGAACGUUGGUGUCCUUGGUGAUGUUGCUGCCUCCAAGGAACAGACAUUCGGUACCCUCUUCGCUCGUACUCUCUCGCAAGUCGGUGGUAAGCUGCACUACGGUCACCCCGAUUUCCUGAACGCUACUUUCAUGUGUACCCGUGGCGGUGUCUCUAAGGCCCAAAAGGGAUUGCACCUGAACGAGGAUAUUUACGCUGGUAUGAACGCUAUCCUGCGUGGUGGUCGCAUCAAGCACUGCGAGUACUACCAGUGUGGUAAGGGUCGUGAUCUUGGUUUCGGAUCCAUUCUCAACUUUACAACCAAGAUUGGUACUGGUAUGGGUGAACAGAUGCUGUCCCGAGAGUACUACUACCUCGGAACUCAGCUGCCUCUUGACCGUUUCCUCUCGUUCUACUACGCUCACCCCGGUUUCCAUCUCAACAACAUGUUCAUUAUGCUUUCAGUCCAGAUGUUCAUGAUUGUGUUGAUUAACCUCGGUGCCCUGAAGCACGAGACGAUCAUUUGCAAGUACAACUCCGAUCUGCCCAUCACCGAUCCCCUCGUUCCCACGCUCUGUGCCAACCUGACCCCCAUUCUCGACUGGGUCAACCGUUGUGUUAUCUCCAUUUUCAUUGUGUUCUUCAUCUCGUGGGUGCCUCUGGCCGUCCAGGAGUUGACAGAGCGUGGUGUUUGGCGCAUGGCUACCCGUCUGGCAAAGCACUUUGGCUCGCUCUCCUUCAUGUUCGAGGUGUUCGUUUGUCAGAUCUACGCCAACGCUGUGCACGCCAACUUGUCUUUCGGAGGUGCUCGUUACAUUGGUACUGGACGUGGUUUCGCCACCGCUCGCAUUCCCUUCGGUGUUCUCUACUCCCGAUUCGCUAGCCCGUCCAUUUACCUCGGUGCUCGUCUCCUGCUGAUGCUGUUGUUCUCCACCACCACGGUCUGGACACCUGCUCUCAUCUGGUUCUGGGUGUCUCUGCUCGCGCUUUGCAUCUCGCCCUUCUUGUUCAACCCUCACCAAUUCGCUUGGAACGACUUCUUCAUUGAUUACCGUGACUACAUCCGCUGGCUCUCGCGCGGUAACUCCCGUUCCCACGCUUCUUCCUGGAUUGGUUUCUGUCGUCUGUCUCGUACCCGUAUCACUGGUUACAAGCGCAAGCUCCUUGGUGUCCCCUCUGAGAAGGGCUCUGGUGAUGUCCCAAGAGCUCGCAUCACAAACAUCUUCUUCAGUGAGAUCAUCUCGCCCCUGUUGGGAGUCGGUGCUACCUUGAUCCCCUACCUGUACAUCAACUCCCGCACCAUGUUCUCUGAUGACAACAAGUGGGCCGCCAACCCCAUCGCUCGUGUCGCCAUUGUCGCAUUUGCCCCUGUCGGUAUCAAUGCUGGUGUCGCUGGCAUGUUCUUCGGUAUGGCUUGCUGUAUGGGUCCUCUCUUCGGCAUGUGUUGCAAGAAGUUCGGUGCUGUUCUCGCCGCCAUUGCUCACGCCAUCGCCGUCAUCGCCUUCUUGAUCUUCUUCCUGGCUAUGUUUGUGCUUGAGUCUCUCAACUGGGCCCGUACUAUCUCCGGUAUGAUCGCCGCCAUGGCCCUCCAGCGCUUCAUCUACAAGUUGAUCAUUUCUCUUGCCUUGACCCGUGAAUUCAAGAACGAUCAAUCCAAUAUCGCUUGGUGGACUGGAAAAUGGUACAACAUGGGAUGGCACUCCCUCUCCCAGCCUGGACGUGAGUUCUUGUGUAAGAUCACAGAGCUCGGCUACUUCGCGACCGAUUUCUUCUUGGGCCACAUCUUGCUCUUUGCGAUGCUCCCAGCACUUGCCAUUCCUUACGUUGACAAGUUCCACUCGGUAAUCCUGUUCUGGCUGCGUCCCAGCCGACAAAUCCGUCCUCCCAUCUACUCCCUCAAGCAGUCUAAGUUGCGCAAGAGACGUGUUGUCCGCUUCGCCAUUCUCUACUUCACCAUCCUUGUCAUCUUCGUUGUGAUCAUAGCGGCGCCCGUUGUUCUCCGGAACACUAAAGUGCUCGACUCUUUCCUCAAGGACAGCCUGUGGAACGCCAUCGGUGUUCCUGACACCAACCACAUUGGUCUUCUCCAGCCACUCGACCACGGAAUCAACGAUACUGUUGACUGGUACACUGGAUCCAACCUUCCCGGCGGCUACUCCUCCGCCUCCGCCCCUACCCCCGCCGCAGGUCACGUGCCACGGAGUUUCCAGGACCCCGAGUCCCCCGUUUUACCAAUCUCACUUGUGCUGCCUCGCGAGCGCCUCCGAAUCUCCGCCAUGGAUCUCCAGGAGACCCAGCGCCUCCUUUCCGUAUACCUGCACGAACUUGCGGACCUCUUCCACCGUGUGCCUGGAUCGGCAAUUUUCCUUCGCUAUGUCAAAUCUAGUUACCAGGAUGACCCAAUUCGUUCUGCGGUCGAACUAUUCCUUUUCCUCUUCGCUGUGCGAUACCUGCUAGCCCCGAAAUAUUCGACCAAGCCCGGCGUCGUGCCACUCACCGAAGAUGAGAUCGACGAUUUGGUGGAUGAAUGGACCCCUGAGCCUCUCGUGGGGAAGCCUACCAGCCUUGAGGAAAUGGAAGUCGAAAAGCGCGCAGUUAUUGUUGGCCCUGUAGGUCCCAAAUCGAAACUUGCCAAUGGCCGCACCGUUAUGAACCUCGGAUCUUUCAAUUUCUACAAUUUCAACACCAACGAAUCACUCAAAGAACAGGCGAUCCAGACACUGCGCACGUACGGUGUUGGUCCCUGCGGUCCCCGCGGUUUCUACGGUAGUCAGGAUGUUCAUAUGAAGACUGAAGAUGAUGUUUCGGCUUUCCUGGGCACUGCGGCUUGUAUCAUCUAUUCCCAGGCGUUUUCCACGAUCUCAAGUGUUAUUCCUGCCUUUUCAAAGCGUGGAGAUAUCAUUGUUGCGGAUAAGGCUGUCAGUUUUGCAAUUCGCAAGGGUAUCCAGAUUUCUCGAAGCAAAGUCCACUGGUACGAACACAACGAUAUGGAGGAUCUGGAACGAGUUCUCGCGAAGGUUACCAAGGACCAGGCUCGCAAGCCCCUGACUCGCCGUUUCAUCAUCACAGAGGGUCUCUUCGAGUCUUACGGUGACAUGGCAGACCUACCCAAGAUUAUCGAGUUGAGACUGAAGUACAAGUUCCGUCUCAUUCUGGAUGAGACUUGGUCCUUCGGUGUUCUGGGCCGCACAGGCCGUGGUAUUACCGAGCACCAAAACGUCGACGCAGCUGAGGUCGAUAUGAUCGUGGGAUCGCUGGCUGGUCCCCUCGUUGCUGGCGGUGGCUUCUGCGCUGGCUCAGAAGAGAUUGUUCACCACCAGCGCAUCUCUGCUGCUGCUUACACUUUCUCCGCCGCUCUCCCCGCUUUACUUUCAACUACUGCCAGUGCCACUAUCAAAAUCCUUCAGAACAGCCCUGAGACUGUGUCACAGCUUCGCGAAGUUACCAGCGCCAUGCGGGCUCAAUUAGAUCCCCGCAGUGACUGGGUCUACUGUACAAAUUCGCCUGAGAACCCUAUCCAUAUCUUGGUUAUCAAGCCCGAGGUUGUCGCCGCCAAGAGGUUAACACCGACUGACCAGCAGUUCUUGCUCCAAGACGUCGUUGAUGAGUGCCUUGCCAAUGGCGUUCUCAUCACUCGACUGAAGGCUCUUGAGGACAACUUUGAGCCCAAGCAGGUCCUGUUCCCCGCUCUCAAGGUGUGUGUCACAACUGGCCUCACGAAGAAAGAGACCGAAAAGGCGGGCACAAUCAUCCGUCAUGCCAUCACCAAGGUGAUGAGCAAGAGGAAGUGA